AUGUCUCACAAUACCAACCACAUGCAAAACCAACAACCCCCCAGUCGACCCAGCUGGUCCCCCUUCUGGUGGAACUACCAACCCCAGCCAGGCCGGCGCCAACACCCGUCAACCUGUCGGUUGGAAUCCGCCUCCAGCGCUAGGGAUACCGGGCCUUACCAGCGCUAUGGGGGGAUGGACUGGCCGAAUCUAUCCCACCCCCACGCACCACAUGCCAUGCCGCAGUACCCUCCUCCAGGAUAUCUCACUCAAUAUGCACCGAACCCUUACCCACCCACCUCUGGCCCGAACGAUGCCCCGCAUGGACCAUACCACCCUCCGCCCCCCAUUGCUGGCCCAUCUCGCCAACCCGCGAUCGACCCAGCUCUCUUACCCCUCCCUGAGGAUGACGAUGACGACUUUCCACCCGCUCACAAGCUGCUCCCGAAGAUUGCAAAACCUGCCUCGAAGGUGGCCGGCAGCCGCCACCCUGCUCCCUCAAAGGGCAAGGGUAAACAGAAAGCCGACACCCCAGCGACUGUCAGCAAGCGGAAGGCAGCUGGUCAUGCUGACAACGAACCGGCUGCCAAACGUGUUAAACGUGGUGGCCGUAUUGCUGGGGCUGUCAACUACAAUGACGAUGACAUCGACCAAUUGCUUGACCUUCUUGAAGACCACCUCCCCACCGGUGGAUAUGGGUGGAACACCGUUGGCGCUGCGUACAAUGAUUCUGGAUCUGAGGACGAGGAUGAGGACCACGAGACCGACAAAGAAGAUGCCGACCCACCGCGCAAGGACUCUACCAACACCCAACGGCAGCGUGCAACCAAGUCGAAGAUCAAGAAGGACACUGAAGAGCCCUCGUGCCAGCAGCUACUGUCCUCAAUCUCUACUGCUCUUGAUCCCGCAACUCAGGCUGCCCGCGACGAGGAUCGGGCUUCGCGUUCAUUGCACACGACUCAGCUGCUCACAAUGGGCCAACAACUCCGCGAUGCACAUGCCACAAUUGAAAGCCUACGCACCCAGCUCCAGCAGGCCGAACGAGCAAGAUAUGAAGCGGAACGUCAGGCGGAUCGUAUCGAGUUGAUGUCCCUCUUUCGCCGCAGUAACGACAAUGCAGAUCGUGAUCGCCAUCCCUACCAAGCUGCUACCCGCCAGUUCACUCGACACGAGCUUGAAAGCCCAUCAGCUUCUCGUCGCCGUCGAGAGCACCAUCUCCUCAGGACUCCACAUCGCACCUCUAGCCGCUCGCCACACUUCAGCAAUCGUCGUGAUACACCCCGGUAUACUAGUCCCAGCCAUCGUGUUCGCCUUGAAACUCUUUAUCCUGAUGGUGGGCGUCAUGUCACUUGGGCCGGGGGGAGUGAUGAUGAUGACCCCACAGAUCCCCUCACCACACUUUAUCGCAACACUUCCCCUGCUGUUCGGUUUACCAUUGACAACACCCCAACCCGUGCUCCUCGGGCCCCUCCUUCUGAUGAAGAGGGUCUUCCUCGUGAUGACACCAACACUGAUGCUUAG